AUGAAUGGGCGCAUCUCAAAAUAUGCUGGACACUUGUCGCAAGUUGACCGGAUUUGUCGUGGUGCUACCAGCGCUGUGCUCCGAAAAGUGUGGUUGGCUUUGCCGGGGCAUGAUGGAGGUUCCUACAAACUUUUCCUUCAAACUGAUUUUGGACUUUGGGUCGGCCUUCAGUUUGGACAGGCGCAGAAGACCGGAGGAAAGGAUGCCAAGAAGCUGGCUGUCAAGAAGCAACGAGCCAUUAAGAAGUUGAAGCAGGCCGAAAAGAAGAAGGAGGAGUCACUGGCCAAGGAAGUGAAGGAUGUGACGCAAAAGAAAGCAGCCGUGGAGAGCCAGGUUGCCUCAACUUCUUCAACGUUGAAGAGUGUUGAGGACAAGUUGAAGGAAGAGAAACAAUCCGAGGAUGCUCUGCAGGCCAUCAACUUAAGAUCUUUCAGGGAUGAUCCAAAGGCAGAGAAUUUUCGUCACUUCCCUGGCCGAAUUUGGGAAACUCGGAGUCUCUUGAAGGAGAUGGCACCACCAGUCCCAGCAGAGGUGUUACACUGCACCCCUUCAGAGGUGGAUGGCAUCAGCAGGGACACCGAAGAAGAGCUUCGGGCCUUCGGCGUGGUCCUACUACAGCGGGCCUCGCUUCUGCUGCGUCUUCCACAACAGACCUGCGUCACCGCCUCCAGCGUGCUGCAACGCUUCUUCUUUCGCCGGUCUCUCGCCGACUUUGAUGUGAGGAUAACAGCCGCUGCUUCUUUGCUACUGGCCUGCAAGUUACAAGGCUCUGAUCGGAGGCUGAAGCAAAUCAUCCCCAUUUUCUAUCGACUGCAUCUGAGAUCCCUCCAAGAUCCGGUCCAUCGCCGGCGGCCGCUUCCCGGCCUGGACAUGCGCGGCCGAGACGCGCUGGAAAUGAAGCAGGCCAUCAUCUCGGUGGAGCAGCAGAUCCUCUCGGAGCUGGGCUUCGGCGCGUCGCUGCUCCGGGAGACGCCGCACAGGCAUAUGCUGCACUUCCUUCGCAGCGGUGCGCUGAAUGUCUUUUCGACGCGAGUGGAGCUGGUGCAAAGUGCCUGGAACUUUCUGAACGACUCGGCUUGCUCCAGCCUGUGCUGCGAGUACCAGCCACACGAGAUUGCUACGGCCAGCAUUUUCCUUGCAGCAGAUAAGCUACAGAUUCAACUACCCAGUCGGCCACCCUGGUGGAAUGCGUGCUACACACGCUAUGAGGACAUGAUGCAAAUCGCAAAGUCGAUGAACGCGCUCUACAGGCGCCCUUUCCCACCACGGUGGCAUCCAGUUCAGCGCAAGGAAGCCGAAGUUCCUGGCUGUUUGCGCUCGCCAGAGACGGAGGAGCCAUCGCCGACAGCGCAUUCCCCGAGGGAGGCCAGCCGCAGUCGUAGCCCCAAGCCAGCACCAAAGCGCGUGGUGCGCUUGACGGUGGAUGCACCCCAUGGCCUGCCAUCUCCGAGCUCCCCAAGCUGCCCCCGUUUUCGAAUCGCCGGCGCACUGCAACUCUGCGCCAUGGGUGGAGCUGUGCCCUCCGGCUGCUGCAAAUGCGACCUGCCGCCGCGUGCCGAAAUUUUGGAGGCCAUGCCCAGCCCAGAGCACUUGCCGCAGGAGGUCCCUUCCAGUAUCUGCGUGGAAACACCCCAGCUUGAAGCGGACACGGACGACAGGGCCGGUCGACCCUCUAUUCGCUUGCAACGCUUAAACAGCAUGAGCUAUUUUGAGGUUGACACGGCCAUUGUGCGUGGCAUUCCCUUGGCCCGCACGUUGCAAAGCAACGGCUGGCUCUGGAAGACCUCCCCCAUCGACAUGGAGGAGGUGGAACGCCAGCGGCUCUGGGGAAAUUCGCGCCCCACGGAGUCCUUCGGCCUCUUUUUGUCGCAUACCUGGCAUGCGCCCGGCAGUUGGAAGGUGCUUUCACUGCGUUUGCAAUUUGGCUGGCACCUUGUGACCCUUGCGUGGCUAUUGACUAUGAGCCUGGUGGUGCUACUGGGUUCACUUCGAGUGCUGCCUAUGCCCACCACACUCCAACAGAAUCUCCUGGGUUUUAGUAAGGCAUGUCCGGCUGGCCCAUGGGCCUUCGUUUCAAGCUGCGUGGUGAUUUUCGCGACAAUCUAUUGCUGGCCUUCACUGAUUGGACGUUUUCAGCACCCCACAUGUUUUCUUGACAUAGUCAGCAUCAGCCAGAGCGACACGGAACUCCAAGUCCGUGGAAUUUACGGCCUCGGCGGCUUUUUGAGUAUCUCCAAGGAGCUCCUAGUGCUGUUGAGUCCCACAUACUUGUCCCGUUUGUGGUGCCUGUUCGAGUUGGCUGCCUACCGAAAGGCGAACCCCAGUGGUCUGAUCACGGUACGUCCAUUGUUCAUUGAGCAGCAAGUUUUCUACCUCAUUAUAGGGGCGACCUUCGCCAGUACCAUUAUUUGGGGAAUCUUUGCGUGGAGGGCUGGUCUGAACACAAGCAUUCCGCUCACCCUUCUAGCGCUUUCGCCCUUGUUAUUCAUCGUGCAUACCAACCGGAAACUGAUGAUGGAAAAACACCAGACAAUUUCUGGGCUGAAAAAAUUCAACUUGGCUGACGUCCAUUGUCGGCUGGACAAGGACAGGGUCUUUAUCCUGACUGCGAUUUCUCAGUGGUAUGGGAGUGAAGAGUCUUUUGUAGACUACGUCAAGGGGCCUUUACACAGAGAAGUGGUAGCAGCGGCUACAAAUCGACUCCCUUUCCAUUAUGCCUUGUUGACAGUGUUGAUUCCAUACAGUGUCAGUUUGGACGUUCUGGUUGCUCUCAUUGGCGCCGGAGCACCUUCUGAGGCGAUCCUGUCAGAAUUAAUAGGUUCAGGCUUUGGGUGGGUUCUUUGUUGGCAGUUGGUAUCUGCUAAACUGCUAUGGGUACUAUGUGACAAACUGGCCGCUCCCAGAAGUUCUCGUGUCUUGGACUAUUUGGUGAGCUUGUUGAUUUUUCUGGCAUACUUCAUCUUCGUAUUUGCCGGAUAUGUGAUUUCUGAUUUGCUGUAUUCCACAAGCAUGUGGGCUGGCUUCGCAUUCGCUGGCUUUGCUUCUCUUUUGGUCUUGUUAAGUUACAGAUUGUGAGUCGAGAACGCGCGGCUUGGUGGCUGUCUUAGACAUACUACGCAGGCGCGUACUUCGUUUUCUGCCAGAUUUGCCAGGGCGUCAAUUUCUGACAUAGGCUACAGAACAGCAACCUUUCGCAGUGCAUAUGGGUACCCAUAUAGCUGCAUGACUUUCAGCGGCCAAAA